AUGGACUGCAACACAACUGCUCAGUGUAGAGAAAUAAAGAAAGCUGUCGGUGGUGCAUUGGAUUUGUCUAAAAUUACUGGUUCUCGUGCUUAUGAGAGAUAUACAGGACCACAAAUUCUGAAGAUAUUUAAGACACAACAAGAAACUUAUGAGAACACUGAGAGGAUCUCUCUUGUUAGCUCUUUCAUGGCAUGUCUAUUCUCAGGGGCUUAUGCUUGUAUUGAUACAACUGAUGGUGCAGGGAUGAACUUGAUGCAUAUAAAGCAAAAGGCUUGGUCUAAAGCUGCAUUGGAGGCUACAGCUCCAGGUUUGGAGGAAAAGCUUGGAAAGCUAGCUCCUGCACAUGCUGUUGUUGGUUCUAUUGCAUCCUAUUUUGUGGAGAGGUAUAAUUUCAAUAAGAAUUGCUUGGUGGUUUAGUGGUCUGGAGACAAUCCUAACAGUUUAGCAGGUCCAUGACUCUCUUUAUCUAUUAUUAAUUGAAUUCUCUAUGUGACUUAGAUCUCCACUACUCAAAAUUUCUCUAGUUUUCUAAUCAAACCCUAAUGCAUGUUUAUAGCAGUCUCCUCUCAAUACGCACUUAAAGUCUAUAGUUACAUUUAGUAUUAUUCUCUCCUUCAAAUAUUCAAUCUAUCACAGAGAAGUGAAUAGAGCGUAAUAUGUAUCGAUAACCAAAUUGAUAUGCACUCCUGGGGAUCUAGCAAUCAGUAAAGCAAUCAGUAAACUCUAAAAUAGUAUUUAAUCAGUAAAGCAAUCAAUAUUUAAUUUAUUAAAUAUUCAAAUAUUUAGUCUAUAUUUCUUCUACAUUUACUCUAAACACUCAUAGGGAUUUAGCAAUCAGUAAAGCAAAGCAGAGCAAAGCAGCAGAGGCAUAAAGUAGAGCAAAGCAGUAAAGAAAAAGAGACAGCAGUGACACCGGGAAUGAUGGAGGAGAUGACCUCGAAAAUUCAUCGGUGGUGGUAGACAAGCAAGGAGAAGGGUCGUGGUUGGGCCAUGCUUGUGUGGGAUAAUAUUUGCCUUUUUAAGGGCAUGAUAGGAAUCGGUUUUAGAGAUCUGCGGCUCUUUAACCUGGAUUUGAUCAAUCGAAAAGUUUGGAGGCUUGAAACAUCCUCAAAACCCCAUUGGUCGUAAAUAAUAUGGAAUAAAAUUUUAGCGAAAUAAUGUAUAAGAUCAAAGAAAAUGAAAGUUACAAUAUAUCAAAAGAGAGAUAAAUCAAGAAGCAUGACAUAAUGUAUUA